CUCCGUUACCCCUACUAUAGUCCGGAGCCCCCCCCCCCUAAUCUCCCAACCGAGAUGAAAUGACAUCUACCCAUGCAGUCGAUCCGUGGCUGUGUUGCCAUGCGGCUGUCGAUGCUGUCUGUCCUGCUUCUCUCUUCCUCCUCACUGCAUCCCCCUCUCACCGACCAUCCUACCUAUAAAUCCUCCCUUCCACCCAUCACCAUGCCAAUUAUCUCCUCCUCUCAUACUCCUAAGGGAUGCUCAUCGACGGCGAAAAGUGGGCUUGUGAAGCUUGCGUCCGCGGCCACCGUGUGACAACCUGCAAGCACCAUGAUCGACCGUUGAUCCGCAUCAACCGCAAGGGUCGUCCCUUUUCGACCUGCUCCGUCUGCAACCGCACUCCCUGCGAAAGCCCCGAAGAGCACACCAAGCUCAAACGUGAGGCCGAAGCCAAAUCCCAUUCUUCAAAACGAGCUGCUGGCCGAUCCCCUCGAUUGACGCAUUCGGGUCCUAGCACUUUCCUCCCCAUUGCGCCUCGCCCGUCUCCUCCAUCGUGUGCUUCCACCUCCGCCAAUCCGCCUCCUCCUCCUCCCGCGGUGUCCGAUCGCGGUACCGCCUCCCCCCCUCAUUACCAUCCCACAACUCCCGCUGCAACCCUCGCUGCCUCGUCCAGCACCCACAGCAUCUAUCUCUCCCCCUCCCUCCCGCCAUCCUUCUGCUCCAUGGCCACCCCGGAUAUCCCCGUCUCCUUGUCGAUGGUGAGUCCGCUGGACGCACAUCGCAUGUACAGCGACUUGGCGGUGUCAUUUGCAGAUAGCAGUGCCAUCUAUGCGCUCGACGGGUUGGAUGUCGAUCCCGCGAUGCUUCCCGCGGACGUGUUCCAGGGCCAAGAUUGGGGCUGGUUGGGCGAUGAUGUUCUCUAACAUUCAUAGAUCCAGAUACAGACCCUGUAUCUGUGGGAGAUGUUGUGCAUCGAUGGGGACGAGAGAAGUGCGAAUGAAUGAUGUUACGAGACGAUGAAAUUUAUGUGGGAUAAACGGGUCGGAGGGCACUUUUGUUUUGAAUUCUGUCGGGACAAACAGAACCUAGUAGCUGGGUUGUUUAUGUCGAGUGAUUUAUGCAUGUAUAUAACGUGGGUGGGUAGGCAUUUAUCGAUUCCGAUGUAGGAGGUGACUUGACUUGACUUGACUUACCCUGCCUGACUUUACUAAAUAACUCCUUUCUACCUUUUGUCUUGCAUCUUUUGUCUUGCACCGUAUAAAGUACCUUAUCAGAAGCAAAGAAACGAAAAAAAGGAAAGCAAGAAGCAGGAUAACAAUAUCUGACAUAUUCACAAC